AUGUCUCGUCCCCAAGAAGAUGGUAUCAUUCGUUUCGGUGAUCAUAUUUCCUUGAAACACGUCUUUACAGGUCGUUACCUUACUUCCAGAGCUGACCAAUUCUAUGAAUCUGGUUCUAACCAGCAAAAGGUUUUCACAAUUGAAGAUUAUCCUGGAGAGGAUGGCACAUUUAUUGUUAUCCCUCCCAAGGUUACUGAAGAAGAACCUGGUUAUGAGGUUGGUUUUGAGGAUGAGAUUCGUCUCAAGCACGUCCCUACUCGUGCCAAUUUGCAUUCUCACGACAUAAUAAGCCCUGUUAGUGGCCAACAAGAGGUCUCUUGUUUCGGAAAUGAUGAAUAUUCCGAUGAAGGUGAUGUUUGGAAAGUUCUCCAAUAUGAUGAAGAUGAUGAACAAUACGAUGACUUCUGGCGUGUUGGACAACCUGUCGUCCUUCAACAUGUUGCUACUGGUAAACUUCUUCAUUCUCAUGAUAUUGCUUUAGCUGAUGGUGAAAAUGAAGUCACUGGUUUCGAUGGUCGUGAUGAUAAUGACAAGUGGGCUGUUUCCUUUGAUUAA